AUGGAUUCCUCUAUGCUCCCCAACGAAAUGAAAGCCCAAAUCCUCCCAUCGUUCAACGCACCAUAUCGACUCACCACACUACCGCUUCCGAGUUUCACAGCCGAUAGCCCCCAUGAAAUGCUCGUUAGAGUCCUGGCUGCAUCGUACUGCCACACAGACCUCGUGAUGGCCCAAGGCCAAAUGCCCCCCUUCCCGCCUUCAUUUCCUCACAUUGGAUGCCAUGAGUUUUCAGGCGUCGUGGUGUCCCUCCCAGAGCACUCUUCAUCUCAAUACAGGAUUGGUGACCGGGUCGGCGUUCCAGGUCGCUCAUUCCGCCCCUGCGGAAAGUGUUUUGAAUGCUCGCGCGAGCCAGACAACGACAAAAACAUUUAUGUGGACGGUGGGGGAUACAGUGUCUACUGUGCCUCGGCGGGCAACCACGGAAUCUCGACCCCAGGUGGGUUUCGAGAAUUCGCGAUUGUUGAUAGUCGACAGGUCACAUCGCUGCCAGACAGCAUUUCGGCAGUCCAAGGAGCAAGCUUGAUGUGCGCGGGGCUCACCAUUUAUGCUGCCAUUAAAAAUUGCGGUUUGGAAAGAGGACAAAAGGUGGGCAUCAUGGGCUGCGGUGGUGGGCUGGGACAUCUUGGGCUCCAGUUUGCGGCCAAGAUGGGACUGGGCGUGAUUGGUGUUGAUGUUGCGGAUGAACCGUUGCGUGUAUCAGGGGAGAUUGAGGAAACAUUGCGCCAGAAAGAGGGCCUCUCUGUGAGAAUCGUGGAUGCGAGGAUUUCACGAGCCGAGGAUAUUGUCCAGGAGAUGGGGAAAGAGGAUCAAAGGCAAGACAGGAGCAACAUGGGCCUUGAUGCGGUCAUAGUCUUGCCUGAAAGCCAAAGAGCUAUGGACUAUGGCGUCUCUUUACUUCGAGCUCACGGAAGAUGCAUCCUGGUUUCGUUUCCCGCUAAUGGGUUUCAUAUUUCUGCCCGAGACGUGGUCUUUAGGGACAUUUCUAUCAGAGGUAGUCUUGUAGGGAGCAACAGGAUGCUGAGGGAAAUGGUCAUGUUUGCGGCGGAGCAUAAUGUCCAGGCACGGAUCAAGAGUUACCCCUUGAAGAAACUAAACGAUCUUGUGCUGGAGUACAAGAAGGGAAAGGGCGGCAAGCUGGUGAUAGACAUGUCACUGGAUGAUUGA